UUGAUAACAUUUAUAUUAAAACAUGAAUUUCAUAGAAUUAAAUAAAGAUUUCAAUCACAUGACUGUAUACGUGUACUAAUUCACGUAUUGGAUCAGAAGACACACCUUCCGUGACGUCAGAACUUGCGAAAUAUACAGCUUUUAAAAAGUACCUCCCUACGUCAUCAGACGUCACUUUGGAAAUCUGGUGGAUCGUAGAGUCUCGCUUAUCUUAUCCGAAGAAAAUGGCAAGUAAGGAUAAAAGAGCUAAGAUCGAAGCUCUGACUCGAGAUCUUGUGCUGCCAAAUGAUACUCUUAAGAAAGUGAGCAACAUCCUCCUCCAUAAUUUCAAUUGUGGGCUGAAAGGCGAUACUACUGUCAAUGGAACAUUAAAAAUGUUAAUAACUUAUGUCCGAGAUGUCCCUAAUGGAUCUGAACAAGGAAAAUUUCUGGCUUUGGAUCUUGGAGGAACCAACUUUAGAGUACUACUUAUUGAGUUGGAAAAAGAUAGUUUUAUGAUGGAUAAUGAAAUCUAUGCCAUACCAGAAUAUAUAAUGUUGGGAAGUGGAACGCAACUCUUUGAUCAUAUUGCUGAUUGUCUAAAUAAGUUCAUAAAAUCUAGAUCACUGCCAAAUAACUUGCCAUUAGGAUUUACAUUCAGUUUCCCUUGUAAACAAGAAGGUCUCACAAAGGCUAAACUGAUAACAUGGACCAAAGGAUUUAAAUGUACAGGAGUAGAAAAUGAAGAUGUUGUUCAAUUAUUAAGAGAUGCCAUGGGUAGAAAGAAUGUUCAUAUUGAUGUUGUAGCAGUGGUAAAUGACACUACAGGAACGUUGAUGUCUUGUGCUCAUAAAAAUCCAAAAUGUAGAGCUGGAAUUAUAGUUGGUACUGGAACUAAUGCUUGCUAUAUGGAACGGUUAGAGAAUGUGAAAUUAUGGGAUGGAGCUAGUGAUGAACCACAACAAGUAAUAAUUAAUACAGAAUGGGGUGCUUUUGGUGAUAAUGGAUGCCUUGAAUUUAUUCGCACCAAAUAUGAUAAAGAAGUUGAUGCAGCUUCUUUAAACCCUGGAGUGCAACUAUUUGAAAAAAUGAUAUCUGGAAUGUAUAUGGGAGAAAUUGCUCGAAGGGUUUUUAUUGAUGCAAUCAACCAGAAACUUUUAUUUGAUGGCAAAACAACAACAAAAAUGAACACACCAUAUGCUUUUAAAUCAAAAUAUAUAUCUAUGAUUGAAAGUGAUCCAAAGAAUAGCUAUUUGCAAACAAAACAAGUUCUUGAGAAGAUGAAUAUCUUGGGAGCCAGAGAGGAAGAUUUUGAGUGUAUGAAAUUAAUUUGUGCGAGAAUCUCGGUUCGUGCAGCUCAUCUUGUAUCUGCUGGAAUUGCAACAAUUCUAAACAGAAUGCAACGACCUCACACAACAGUAGGAGUUGAUGGCUCCGUGUAUAGAUAUCAUCCACACUUUCAAAGACUUAUGGAAGAAAAAGUUGCAGAAUUAACAAAUCCUGAAUAUAAGUUUGAUCUAAUGUUAUCAGAAGAUGGAAGUGGUAGAGGUGCAGCACUGGUAGCUGCAGUUGCAGUAAGAACAGAGAAAAAAUAAUUGAUUUUCUGAAGAAUUAUUAGAAAUUAUUUUAAGCAUUUAUUAGGAAAAUAUUUAAAUCUGUAAUCUUUAUUGACCAAACGAGUACAUUGAGGACGACAGAACAGUAUUUAGUCCAUCCACUAUUUUAUCUCUUGACCGACAUUGGUGCAUCUAAUAAGUUUGAAAUUAUUUAUAUUUUUGGAAUAUUUAUUAUUUGACAUUCUUAAUUUAUAAAUACUUUAAAUAGCUGUGAUGUUUUUCCCCUUUUUCCGAUUUGGCCGCGAAAAAUUUUAUCUAGUGUUAAUUUUAAGAAGUAGAUUCAACGAGACGCACAGUAAUUAUUUUAUCAACGGUAAUUUAAAAUUUUAUUUGAUCUACACAGAUAAAGUAUUUCGCGGAUCCAGAUCUUGUUUGUGUGCAAAGAAAAGCAGAUGAAUGUGAAUACAUAUAAUAUGUUCUUAAUGUUAUUGGAAUCUUCCAAGUUGCAUUUAAAAGUUUGAAGUCUACGAACUGUUCCGUCUUCAAAAUAUGUAUUGGAUGUAGAUAACUUAAUUAUAUAUAAAAGCAUUGUUAAUGGUGCAAUAUCCACUAUUAAACUUUUGUAGAUUUAUGGAUUGUAUAUAGAAUUUUAUUUUAAGUUUGAUAGGUUAUGUUAUAUAUUGUCUAAAAUUUAAUUUCAAUAAACUUAGGUAUAUAAUAUAUAUUAUGUAUAUAUUAUAUAUAAAUAGAUGCAACUAUAUUGAAAUGUAUUCAAUUAAUUGUGUUUUAAUUGUUUAUUAAUUAUUGUUUAUAGUGAGUUAUGCUGUAAAGCAUUUUGGAAGCCAACUUUUUUUGGUUUCUGAAGAAAAAAUUUAUUAAAAAGUAUAUUAUUUUAAAAAACUAAGUGUCAUUAACUUGCAUUUUCCUCUAAUAUUUUUAAUUCUUAUUUUAUAUCAUUAAUUGAAUAAUGUAUAAAGUUUUGGGAGCUAAACUACUGAUUGAUGUGAGAGAGAGAGAUAUUUUACAGACUAGAAAGCUCUAAAAAACACAUAAAAUUGACAUAUUAUAGUAAAAAAAAAUCUUUAAUGAAUGAACUUUUUUUUAUUAAUGAACUAUUUAAUGAACUAUUUAACUGAAAUUUUGUACACCUGCAGUUGAAAAUUGCUAUGUGAAUUAAAAUUUCAAUUUAUAAGACAGCA